GUGAAAUAGCUGGUCCAAGGCCACCCAGCUAGUGCAGCAGAACCAGGUGGCUGUCUGUCGUGCCUGACUAGAGUCUGUGCCUUAACCACAUCCCUGUGCUGCCUCUCGGCCUGUGUGUGGCAGUGGAUGCUCUCGUGGCUGGCUUAGUUCAGGCCCAGAGGGGUGAGAGCUGCGAUAAUCACACUCGGCAGCGAUGUCAGUGGAACUGGAGACCUCAGAGGGGGUGGAUGAGCCGGAGGAAAAGAGCUCUGGGGCCCCAGAGAAAGAAAACCACACCAGGAUGGCGGACCUCUCUGAGCUCCUGAAAGAGGGGACCAAGGAAGCACAUGACCGGGCAGAAAGCACACAGUUCGUCAAGGACUUCUUGAAAGGCAACAUCAGGAAGGAGCUGUUCAAGCUGGCCACUACCGCGCUGUACUUCACCUACUCGGCGCUGGAGGAGGAGAUGGACCGUAACAAGGACCACCCAGCCUUUGCCCCCCUGUACUUCCCCACCGAGCUGCACCGCAAGGAGGCGCUGGUCAAGGACAUGGAGUAUUUCUACGGUGGGGACUGGGAGGAGCAGGCACAGUGCUCCGAGGCCACCCGCCAGUAUGUGGAGCGGAUCCACUACGUGGGGCAGAAUGAGCCAGAGCUGCUGGUGGCCCAUGCCUACACCCGCUACAUGGGGGACCUCUCGGGGGGCCAGGUGCUGAAGAAGGUGGCCCAGCGGGCCCUGAAACUCCCCAGCACAGGGGAAGGGACCCAGUUCUACCUGUUUGAGAACGUGGACAACGCGCAGCAGUUCAAGCAGUUCUAUCGGGCCAGAAUGAACGCCCUGGACCUGAACAUGGAGACCAAAGAGAAGAUCGUGGAGGAGGCCAACAAGGCCUUCAAGUACAACAUGCAGGUAUUUAAUGAACUGGACCAGUCUGGCUCCUUGCUGGCCAAAGAGACGCUGGCCGACGGGCUCCCCGUGCACGAUGGAAAAGGAGACGUGCGCAAGUGCCCCUACUACUCUGGCGAACAAGACAAAGGUGCCCUGGAGGGCAGCAGCUGCCCCUUCCAAACAGCCCUGGCUGUGCUGAGCAAGCCCAGCCUCCAGUUCCUUCUGGCGGCCAGCGUGGCCCUGGCUGCCAGCCUCUUGGCCUGGUACUACAUGUGAAGGACCUCCCCCAGCACGCUGGCGCUCCUCCUGACCAAUGGCCCACCCCCACUUCCACCCACAACCGAACUACCACCUCAGGUGACUUUUUUUUUUUAAUGCUGGGCUUGAGAAAACAAGCACCCAAUAAAAGCCAGAUGCUAAAGCCUGCCUGUCAGCAUCUUGUCUGCGGGCCAGAUGCUGAGCUGGGUGUGGGCCCGCCCCCCUGCAGCCCCUAGGCCACAGCAGUGGGAGUAGCCAGCGCAGCUCAGCAGACCAGCCAGGCCUCUGGAACCAGCUCUGCUUCUGGGGCACCCACUCCUCUGACCCUAAGGCUCAUUCCCUCUGCUCUUCCUCUUGUGUCGGCAUUUAGGUGUGUGUGGGGUCUUUCCCCUGCUGGGAAUGGAGCAGCCAGCAGGUCCAGGCUCCCCAGAUGUGGCUGCUCUUCUGCAGGACCCUCCUAGGGGCAAGGGCCACCAGGGGGGCAGAAGCCAGGCUCACAGCCUCCCUCAGAGACUCUGCCUGAGUGGGGUCUGUUCAGCGGUGGCCUGUCUCCCCCUCGACCUGUGUAAACGCUACCAUGUGCUAAUAAAGUGGACUCUUGACAGCUGCCUCCCUC